UGUAAAGUUUGGUUAUGUUUAUUUUUCUUUUUUGUAAAUAAUAAGCAAAAUGUUAAAAAUAUUUCUAUUUAUUCCAAGCGAUAUCAAAAUUGAUUGUUGGCUUAAUGGAUUCAUUAGAAAAUCAUCAAAUGAAAUAUCAUUUUAUGUAAUUCACAGCACAAAACGUAAUAGACAUACUGAAAAUGAACGUCAAAUAGGUUAUUUUGGUACAAAAUAUAACGUAGGCUCAUCAAAUUCAUCACAAGAAUUCGUACAUUUAUCGACGAAUCAAAAUAAUGAAUUAGAAAUUAAACAGUUAAAACUACAAAAUAUAAAUGAUGCAUUAAAUCAUCCAGAAUGUGAAAUAUUUUACAUGAAAUAUGAUCGCAUACCAUUCGAGAAAUCAGAAUUAUUCCAAAAGAGUCCAGAAAAUUAUGAUAAAUUUCAAAUUUUAUCCGAGUCAAUAAAAGAAACGAAAAAUCGUAAAUCGCAUAAUAUAGUUAAUAGAUUCGUUGAUAAAAUAUUAUUUACUAUUAUAAGUUUAUUACAUUUAUUUUUGGAGAAAAUAUUAACAUUUUUGAAUACAUUUGAGUCAACAUACAAGUAUUCAUCAUUAGGAAAUCAUGCUGUACGUUGGCUAAAACAAUUAUAUCUGAUAGUGGAUGUUUUUAAGAAAAACGGACGAUUUAAUUUACAAACAUGGAAUUUAGUCUUUGCUAUUCCAGUCGAUAUAAUGUGUGGUUUUAUUCUAGUUUAUUAUAUUUCACAUUUACAAGAUUCUGUCGUAACGGUAAUUAAUAGAAUUGUUGAAGGUGCUGUAUCGAAUUUACGAGAAUUAUUAGAAUGGUUGAUGGGAUCACCGGCAGGUUUAAAAUUGAAUCAUUCGUUUAAUGUAUUGUUGGGUCGAUUCUUUUUGUAUCAUAUUAAUCUAUGGUGGACAUUUUUAAUGGCUGGUAUACCGUUAGUUCAAGGUUUAAAACAUGUAAAAUGGUUAGCUCCGUUUGGGUUAACGUUUGUAACAGCAUUGUUAGCUGAUUUAAUUGCAUUAGGAACAUUUCAUGUUUAUUGUAUUUACGUUUACGCAUCAAGAUUCUAUCGAUUUCAAAUUAUGGGAUUAAGUGCAUUAUGGAGAUUGUUUCUUGGUCGAAAAUAUAAUCCUUUAAGGAACCGAGUGGAUUCUUGUCAAUAUUCACAUCGUCAAUUGUUUGUAGGCACACUUGCAUUCACUAUACUUUUGUUUUUAUUACCAACAACCACUAUGUAUUAUGCAGUUUUUGCAACAUUGCGAUUAUGUUUAAUUGCCAUUGAUGAGAUUUUACUGAAAUUAAAGAUAAUGCUUCAAAAUUUUCCAUUGUUUAUUACCUAUAUGUGGUUGAUAAAGGCGCCUAUGAUUGCUGGUAAUAUUAACAUAAAAAUGGAUUCAUCUGUGAAAAAAUGCCAAUCAUUUUACGUAACUUUAGAACCGAAAACUUGGUCUCAAACUUUAGAACAUUGUAAAUUGAAUCAACAAGAAAAUAGUCAAAAAAUUAGUGGAAUAUUGCAAAAAGUUUUGUCUGGAUAUUUAUUGUAA